AUGACUCUGGUCCACCUAGAUUUUCUUGCUUUUGGACACUUGUUCUCCAACGGUAAAAACAAAAGCCAUACUUGUUUUUGCGUAGAUAAGGAAGACAAGUUGUCCACCAAUACUGACGACCUUAUUGCAUUUUGGGCUCCCUUCCUUUUGGUACACCUGGGUGGACCAGACACUAUAACUGCAUUUGCCCUUGAGGAUAAUGAGCUCUGGCUUAGGCACUUCAUCAGCUUCAUAGUCCAACUUGCGGUGACUGUAUACGUCUUCUUGCUCACAUUUCCUGAAAACAAGCUAUUCAUCCCAACAUUGUUCAUGUUUGGGGCAGGAAUCAUCAAGUAUCUUGAGCGAACACUUGCCUUGUUUCUUGCAAGCUUGGGUAGGUUCCGAGAUUCCAUGCUUAGAGAACCUGAUACGGGGCCCGACUAUGUAAAGCUCAUGGAGGGAUAUUCUUCAAAGAAAGAAACUGGACUACCAACACAUAUAGAAUUCAGAUCAGAGCCAGGUAAAGAAUCAAAGCUUGCAGCUAUUGGGAGAGAAGGACUAUUAACCGAUUUUGAAGUGAAGACAUAUGCUUACAGCUACUUCCAAAUAUUCAAGGGACUCAUCGUUGACCGUACCCUCAGCUUCCAUGAGCGCAACGAAAGCCGAAUUUUUUUCCAGUUGAGAACAGCAGAAGAUGCGCUUAAAGUGAUAGAUUUAGAACUCAACUUCAUCCAUGAAGCUUUCUAUACCAAGGUGGUGGCGGUGCAUAGUGUGGCGGGAUACAUAUUCCGGGUUUUAUCCAUUCUUUUCGUUUUGGUGGCCUUUGGAUUCUUCUAUUCCUUGGACAAGCAUGGUUUCGUGGACAUUGAUGUCAAGGUCACCUACACUUUGCUAUAUGGUGCCAUAUUCCUGGAUCUAAUUGCUCUCAUCAUGCUCUUUUUCUCUGAUUGGACUAUUGCUUCUAUGCAUACCAAUUGGGCCAAUUGGCAAUUUGGAAAGUGCUAUAUGAAGCUUGCCGAAAAAUUUCUUCACGUAAAGAGGAUAAGGUGGAGUGUCUCUGAAUCUAGUGAUAAGUUUAAUGUAUUGAAUACGCGACGUUUGCUUCGCAGGUGGUCUGAAUCUGUGUCAUGUUUUAAUCUGAUAGUUUAUUGCCUCAAGCAACGUCCAUAUGCAGACAAAAGGCCUUUUAGGCGUUGGAUCAAUAAAAUCCUUUAUAAAUACGGUCUUUCGGACCUUGUAAAUGAUUUCUUCUGUGCAGAAAAAAUUGCAACAAAGAAACUCCCCAAAAGGCUAUGGGAAUAUAUCUUUGAAGAUUUGCUAGAGAAAUCCAAAGACGCCGCAGAUGAUGCAGAAACUACCGAGAAGAUAUACUCAGCUAGAGGUGCUUAUGCAAUCCAAGAAGGCUAUUUGGGAGGCAACUAUGAUAACAUAACAAGGAACUAUAUCGAUAAUCUUUUCUAUGAUGAGAGCCUUCUGUUGUGGCACGUUGCUACCGAACUCUGCUUUCAGAAAGAAAAAGAUGCAGCCAAUGUAGAAGGCAAUUAUGGUGGUUGCUUUUUUCUUCGGUGCGUUGCAGAACUGAUUGCUCAGCCAACUCGAAUUUUUCAAUGGCUUUAUGAAAACUGCUUUCCAAGAAAAAAAUACAAAGCUGCAGCCAAUACAGAAGGCAUUUCUGAUGAUGAUCGUGGUUUGAGCAAGUUCCUCUCAGAUUACAUGAUGUAUCUUUUAGUGAAGGAGCCUAAACUGAUGUCCGCAGUGGCUGGAAUGUGGAAAUUAAGAUAUUGGGAUACCUGUGCAGAAGCUGUAAAUUUCUUUGGCAGAAGGGGUAUAAAACGCGGUUCCAAAAUUGCCUGCAAUGCCAUCCUUGACGUGAAUACAGAAGUUGGACCUGUUUGGAUAAAGGGAGAUAGAAGCAAGUCUGUACUGUUUUAUGCAUGUAUGCUGGCCAAAGAGCUAAACAAACUGGAGGAGGAGGAGAGAUGGAAGAUAAUCAUCAAAGUAUGGGUGGAAAUGUUGUCUUAUGCUGCUAGUCAUUGCAGACCAGAAACUCAUGCACAACAAGUAAGUAAAGGUGGACAGCUUAUUUCUUUUGUUUGGUUACUCAUGGCUCAUUUUGGCCUUGGGGAGCAAUUCAAAAUCAAAGAGAGUCGUAUUAGGACAAGGUUGAUUGUGGGUAAGUAG